CCUGCAUCUAUAAAUAUUGCCCGGCCAUUGGACGGUCCAGCCGAGCCCUAUAUAGUGUACGUCCCCGUGCCCCAGACCGCCGCUGAAGUAUUAGAUCUCGUUGAUUUCCCUUUCCUCCUCUUCUCUUUCUCUUUCUUUCAUCAUGUCUGAUCAGUCCAAGCAGCCUGAGUCUUCUUCUACCAAUAACCCUUCCCAAGAAGGAGAGAACAAUACCUCGUCCCCUUCCUCCCCCCAACAAGAGAACCCUCCUACUGGUGAUCAGGAAGAACAAGAACAGAAGCCUGAGGAUAACACCGAGAACAACAACGACACAGAAGACAAACCCAAGGAAGAGGACAAAGAAGAAGACCCUCAACCUAAACAAGAACCUCAAGAAGAAGGAGAACCCCAACCCAAACAAGAAGAGAAAGAAGAAGAAGACACCAAAACCCCCAAACAAGAACCCCAAUCCUCCGACUCCGAACCAGAACCAGAACCAGAACAACGCGCCCCCCAACCCACCAACAACCAAGACCGUAAACGUCGCUCCCGACCACCCCAGAAACUCCGCCAAAGAGACGAAUACUCCGACAUGGACAACAACAACCAACAAGUAGACCGCCCCCGCCGCCAGCGCCGCCAGCGUCCCCAACAGCAACAACAAGGCCAAGACGGCGGACCAUUGGGCGGUCUCCCCGGCGUGGGCCAAGCCGGCGAUCUCGUCCAAAACACAGCAGGCAACGCACUGAACGGAGUAACAGGCAGUGCGGGCAAAGCUGUAGGCGGGAUACUCGGCGGAGGCGGCGGCGGCGGGGAUGAAAAGGAAGGCAAGGAUGAGCAGUUGAGGUUGAGACUUGAUCUCAAUUUGGAUAUUGAGGUGCAGUUGAAGGCUAAGAUUCAUGGUGAUCUUACCCUUGGGUUGUUGAACUGAGUGUGUUGAAGAUGGGGGAAAGAGUACUGGGAUUUUCUUGUUGGGAAAAGUUCAGUCUCGUUGGACAUUAUUAGUUACUAUCCCGCUCGUGUUUGUGUCUCACUGCGGUGUCUGCUAUACUCUUCUUUCAUCCUGUUUAUUUGUUUCCGA